AUGCUCUGGGUCGCCUACUAUGAUACCAUUACAUUAUAUAGAUGGGGUGCCGCUAGGCGCCACAGGGGGCUGACGCGGUGGGCUCCAUUUCGGCCUCCGCGGAAAGGGCUAGCCGUUCGCCAACAACUCAUCGUGCCGACUUCACUCAUAUUCUACCCAUCCUCCGCCCUGAUUGGCCAAGACGAGAUUGUAGCAGAGCCGUUGCAGUACCACUCACACCAAUGCCAUGCGGGCAGCUUGAUCGGCGACGUGCUGGGCACCGCUGCGCGUCUUUGCAAUGGUGGCCGCCCGUGUUCAAAUUGCGUAGUUCGUGGCCUAAAGUGUGCUUCAACGGGACCAUCAGCGGGCUUUCAGUUUGUCCAGCAGCAAGCCUCUUCAGUCCCUAGGGCUUUGGUACAAGACUCUUGGAAAUACAUCAGCACUUACUUCCAGUCGGUUGGAUGCUUGACGCAAGCGUCUGUAAUGCGAAGCGCCGAUGUGACGGCACUCUCCCAUCGAGACGAGAACGUCAGUCGCAUGCUGUCAAUCAUGGGUGGUCUUUACGCCUGUCAAAACCCCCAAGUGUUGCGCGUAAGCCAGAAAGAAAGAAAGACACUCUUAGGUACAUGGGUGAAACAAAAGGCUUUGAUGGCGGCGGAAUUGAAGAAGCCUGACCCAUCGUCCUUCAGCUCAGUUUUACUCAGUACCCUCCUUUUAGCAGUGAUCGAGGUGCUUCUUUGUGCCGAAGAUGGCGCCUUCCAAAAAUGGCUGCAAAGAAUCUCGAGCUUCAUUGCACAACAUCUGGAAGCAAAGAGUUACGCCGGCUUGACUACGUUCGAGAGAAGUUUGAUCCGCUUUUCCAAUUUUCUCAACACGCUUUCCGCCAUUGCCCUGAACGAAGAACCGUUGGAUCGUCAGAUGGACUUUGAGCUUUCAUCGUCGCGCCCAAUCGCACCUAGAACUAUUUCAGACGAAGACGAAAUAGACGAUGCGCAAAAGGCUUGGUACAGAGGUACUCACUACCUUAGGAUGGUCGAGUGGGCUCUUAAGUUGGAAAAGAGCACCAUGACACUUCAAUUUGAUAAAGAUAGCUAUCGGGAAGCCAUAGACCUCAAGGUACAAGGCCUCGAUAUCAUCUGUGAGGCAUCGGCUCUUCAAGCUCGAGUCAUCAACGAUCUCCUCCGACUGUGUCGGAUUGGAAGUCUAAUUCGACCGCGGCAUACAGCCGACUGCGCAGGGGCCAAUUAG